GCCGCUCUCCGCCCAGAGGAAACUUUCUAAACGCGCACACCACCCGGAGGAGCCUCCCGAACGUGACUGUCCCGGGAGAAGUGGCCGAGGACCGGCAGGCAGCAGGCAGCCUGAAGAGACCCAGGAAGAGGAAAAGAUACGUGGGGCCGAAGCCGCCUCUGCUCCCGCCCGCUGCGCGGAAGGGACCCGGGUGGUCGCCGGGCUGAGCGACACGAGCCCCCCCGCUUCUCCGCGACGCGCGGGUCGGCGCCUUCCGCAGCCGCAGCCUCAGCCUCGGUCCCGAGGAGGAAGGGAGCCGGCCCACUUGCUCAGCGCACGGUCCUUCUCCAAAGUAAUGUGAAAACCUUUGCAUCUUCUGAUAGUCUAGCCAAGGUCCAAGAAGUAGCAAGCUGGCUUUUGGAAAUGAAUCAGGAACUGCUCUCUGUGGGCAGCAAAAGACGACGAACUGGAGGCUCUGUGAGAGGUAACCCUUCCGCAAGCCAGGCAGAUGAGGAACAGAUGAAUCGUGUGGUGGAGGAGGAACAGCAGCAGCAACAGCUAAGGCAACAGGAGGAGGAACACACCGCAAGGAAUGGUGAAAUUGUCGGAGCAGAUCCUAGACCUGGAGACCAAAAUGAUUCCCAGCAAGGACAAUUAGAAGAAAACAAUAAUCGCUUUAUUUCGGUAGAUGAGGACUCCUCAGGAAACCAAGAAGAACCAGAGGAGGAUGAAGAACAUGCUGAGGAACAAGAUGAGGAGGAUGAAGAGGAAGAGGAAAUGGACCAGGAGAGUGAUGAUUUUGAUCAGUCUGAUGAUAGUAGCAGGGAAGAUGAACAUACACAUAGUAACAGUGUCACAAACUCCAGUAGUAUCAUGGACCUGCCUAUUCACCAACUCUCCUCAUCAUUCUAUACAAAGACAACAAAAAUGAAAAGAAAGUUGGACCAUGGUUCUGAGGUCCGCUCGUUUUCUUUGGGAAAGAAACCAUGCAAAGUCUCAGAAUAUACAAGUACCACUGGGCUUGUACCAUGUUCAGCAACACCAACAACUUUUGGAGAUCUGAGAGCAGCCAAUGGCCAAGGGCAACAACGUCGCCGAAUUACAUCUGUCCAACCACCUACAGGCCUCCAGGAAUGGCUGAAAAUGUUUCAGAGCUGGAGUGGACCAGAGAAAUUGCUUGCUUUAGAUGAACUCAUUGAUAGUUGUGAACCAACCCAAGUAAAACAUAUGAUGCAAGUGAUAGAACCCCAGUUUCAACGAGACUUCAUCUCGUUACUCCCUAAAGAGUUGGCACUUUAUGUGCUUUCAUUCCUGGAACCCAAAGACUUGCUACAAGCGGCUCAGACAUGUCGCUACUGGAGAAUUUUGGCUGAAGACAACCUUCUGUGGAGAGAGAAAUGCAAAGAAGAGGGUAUUGAUGAACCAUUGCACAUCAAGAGAAGAAAAGUAAUAAAACCAGGUUUCAUACACAGUCCAUGGAAAAGCGCAUACAUCAGGCAGCAUAGAAUUGAUACUAACUGGAGGCGAGGAGAACUCAAAUCUCCUAAGGUGCUGAAAGGACAUGAUGAUCAUGUGAUUACAUGCUUACAGUUUUGUGGUAACCGAAUAGUUAGUGGUUCUGAUGACAACACUUUAAAAGUUUGGUCAGCAGUCACUGGCAAAUGUCUGAGGACAUUAGUGGGACACACGGGUGGAGUGUGGUCAUCACAGAUGAGAGACAAUAUCAUCAUUAGUGGAUCCACUGAUCGGACUCUCAAAGUGUGGAAUGCUGAGACUGGAGAAUGUAUACACACCUUAUAUGGGCAUACUUCCACUGUCCGUUGUAUGCACCUCCAUGAAAAAAGAGUUGUUAGCGGUUCUCGAGAUGCCACUCUUAGGGUUUGGGAUAUUGAGACAGGCCAGUGUUUACAUGUAUUGAUGGGUCACGUAGCAGCGGUUCGCUGUGUUCAAUAUGAUGGCAGGAGGGUUGUUAGUGGAGCAUAUGAUUUUAUGGUGAAGGUGUGGGAUCCAGAGACUGAGACCUGUCUACACACGUUGCAGGGGCAUACUAAUAGAGUCUAUUCAUUACAGUUUGAUGGCAUCCAUGUGGUGAGUGGAUCUCUUGACACAUCAAUCCGAGUGUGGGAUGUGGAGACAGGGAAUUGCAUCCACACGUUAACAGGACACCAGUCGUUAACAAGUGGAAUGGAGCUCAAAGACAACAUUCUUGUCUCUGGGAAUGCUGACUCUACAGUUAAAAUCUGGGAUAUCAAAACGGGACAGUGUUUACAAACAUUGCAGGGUCCCAACAAGCAUCAGAGUGCUGUGACCUGUUUACAGUUCAACAAGAACUUUGUAAUUACCAGCUCAGACGAUGGGACUGUAAAACUGUGGGACUUGAAAACGGGUGAAUUUAUUCGAAACCUAGUCACAUUGGAGAGUGGGGGGAGUGGGGGAGUUGUGUGGCGGAUCAGAGCCUCGAACACAAAGCUGGUGUGUGCUGUUGGGAGUCGGAAUGGAACUGAAGAAACUAAGCUGCUGGUGCUGGACUUUGAUGUGGACAUGAAAUGAAGAGCAGAAAAGAUGAAUUUGUCCAAAUGUGUAGACGAUAUACUCCCUGCCCUUCCCCUCCCCCCCCCCCCAUGCAAAAAGAAAAAAAAAAAGAAAAAGGAAAAAAAUAGAAAAGAAAAAGAAAAAAAAUCCCUGUUCUCAGUGGUGCAGGAUGUUGGCUUGGGGCAACAGAAUGAAAAGACCUACAGACUAAGAAGGAAAAGAGGAAGAGAUGACAAACCGUAACUGACAAGAGAGGCGUCCGCUGUCUCAUCACAUACGAAGGCUUCACUUUUGACUGAGGGCAGCUUUGCAAAAUGAGACUUUCUAAAUCAAACCAGGUGCAAUUAUUUUCUUUAUUUUCUUCUCCAGUGGUCACCGGGCAGUGUUAACAUCGAAACAUCAUCACAGACUCUGCGCGUCUGUUCUCUUACCACUGAGACCUUCGAAAGGAGCUCUUAGAAAGGAGCUGCAAUAACAUCGGAAUAAGUAUGGUUGACUUUCUAAUCAGAGAGCAUCUGCAAUGAAAGUCAUUUUUCUGGAGUGGAAAAGCUAAAACAAUAUAUAUUACUGUGAAUUGUUUUUGUACAGUUAUCAUGAAAAGCUUUUUUUUUUUUUUUUUUUUUUUUUUUUUUUGCCAACCAUUGCCAAUGUCAAUCAAUCACAGUAUUAGCCUCUGUUAAUCUAUUCACUGUCGCUUCCACAUACACUCUUCAGUGCAUAUGUUGCUCAAAGGUGGCAAGUUGUCCUGGGUUCUGUGAGUCCUGAGAGAUGGAUUUAAUUCUUGAUGCUGGUGCUAGAAGUAGGUCUUCAAAUAUGGGAUUGUUGUCCCACCCCUGUACUGUACUCCCAGUGGCCAAACUUAUUUAUGCUGCUAAAUGAAAGAAAGAAGAAAAAAAAAAGCAAAUUAUUUUUUUUUAUUUUUUUUUUCUGCUGUGACGUUUUAGUCCCAGACUGAAUUCCAAAUUUGCUCUAGUUUGGUUACAGAAAAAAAAAAAAAAAAGACUUUUUUGCCACUGAAACUUGAACCAUCUGUGCCUCUAAGAGGCUGAGAAUGGGAGAGUUUCAGAUAACAAAGAGUGAAGUUUGCCUGCAAGUAAAGAAUUGAGAGUGUGUGCAAAGCUUAUUUUCUCUUAUCCAGGCGAAAAUUAAAACACAUUCCUUGGAACAGAGCUGUUGCUGCCUGUUCUGUGGAGAAACUUUUCUUUUUGAGGGCUGUGGUGAAUGGAUGAACGUACAUAAUAAAACUGACAAGAUAUUUUAAAAAUAUAUAAAACACAAAAGUAAAAUAAAGUUGCUGGUCAGUCUUAGUGUUUUACAGUAUUUGGGGAAACAACUGUUACAGUUUUAUUGCUCUGAGGAACUGACAAAGCAGAAACGAUUCCGUUUUUGUAGUAAAGGCGUCACAUGCAAACGAACGAGAUGAAUGAAAAAGUCACAUGGUUUGCCUCAUUCUCCAAGAGCCACAACUCAAGCUGAACUGUGAAAGUGGUUUAACACUGUAUCCUAGGCGAUCUUUUUUUUUUUUUCCUCCUCCUGUUUAUUUUUUUGUUUGUUUUAUUUAUAGUCUGAUUUAAAACAAUCAGAUUCAAGUUGGUUAAUUUUAGUUAUGUAACAACCUGACAUGAUGGAGGAAAACAACCUUUAAAGGGAUUGUGUCUAUGGUUUGAUUCACUUAGAAAUUUUAUUUUCUUAUAACUUAAGUGCAAUAAAAUGUGUUUUUUCAUGUUA